AUGUUGCAGCCGGGUGCUCGCAGCGCGGUGACACCCUGGCCGUGCAUGCCACGGGCGCUAUCGGUACCUCGAAACCUGAAAGCACCGUUGCCGGGGAGAAGUGCAUGGUGGCGACUUCUUCCCACUGCCCCAGUCUUUGUUGUGAGCGCUUGCCGAGCAAUCCUUGGCGACGCUGCGAACCGUGCCCGGCGUCUCCAGGAUGAGAACUUGCCCGUCGAGCUGAAACGCCGGAAGGAGGCGGUUGCGCUCCUGCGAGAUUCAGCAACCCCUGAUGCCGUGGUAACUGCGCUGGAUGAUUUGGGCGUUGCCUUCUUGGCCUUCGGCGAAAGUGCCAAAGCUGAGGAGGUUUUUCGGCGCGCCUUUGAGCUCUGCCAGGCUUCUGCGUUGGAUAAGGACUCCCUUUGGGCUGCCAACAAUUUGGCGGUGGCUCUCAAAGCUCAGGGCCCAGAUAGGUAUAGAGAGGCGCAGAAACUGUACCAAGAGACGCUGGAGGCGAGACUUCGCAACGACCCUGACGAGAAGAAUCCCAGCACCUUCACUAGCUUGAACAACUUGGCGGUGCUUCUGAAAGUACAGGGUCAAGUGGUGGAGGCCGAGCGCAUGUAUCGUCGCGCGCUGCAGCGACGCCGAGCCGUCCUGGGGAAUACAGAUCCCGACACCUUAACGAGCAUCAACAAUCUAGCAAGUCUGCUCUCUGUCAUUGGACAGACGGCGGAAGCUGAACGCUUGUACGCAGAGGCACUGGCCGGCUGCCGGGCGAAACUCGGGAACAAGGAUAUGGACACUCUGCUCAGUGCAGACAAUCUAGCCUCCCUGCUCUUUCGGGAAGGCCGUGCUGCCGAGGCGGAGCCGCUCUUCCGCGAAGCAGCACUGGGCCUUGGGGCACUCCUAGGAGCCCGGCACCCUGAGACCUUGCGGAGCCAGGACAACCUGGCGGUCGCUCUCUCGGCCAUGGGGCGCCUGGAGGAGGCGGAGGUGCUGCUCCGCUCCACAGUGCAAAGCUUCCGCGAGACGCUUGGGCCAGAUCAUCCGGAUACCCUCGUGGCCGAAGACAACCUUCGGUCCAUCCUGGAGGAGAAAUCGGCCGAGGACAUUGAGACCAUGAGAUCUGACUUGUACCUUUUUGAGGUCCUGCAAAAUGCCGUUGACGAUGGUGCACUGCAUGUGUCCUUCGAGCCGACGCAGCAGGGUCUGUCCGUCAAGCAUGAUGGACGGCGUUUUACAGCCCUGGACGUGCUGGGGCUGUCGUCGGUAGGCCUGUCGACAAAGGCCACAUGCAUGCUGUGGGGCCUUAUGCCUAUGCCUAAGCAUCUGAGCAAUUUCUGCUGUGUUCCUUGUCUUCGGCUUAUCUUGUGA